UUGUACUGAAGAUCGACUCCUAGAAAAUGAGCUCUCUUCAUGCUUUGCAUUUUGCAUUAUUUGCAGUAGUAAGCCAACUUUUGGCAACAACGAGAACUGUUCAUGGCAUACGCGUUGAUCCCAGUGAUAUUAUCGAGACCAUACAGAGCGAGUGCGGUGAUAUUAUUGAUUGCGUGGACAUGUACAAGCAACCAAGCCUCAAGAAUCCGUUGCUCAGAGAUCAUAAGAUCCAGCUUAAACCAAGCAUGGGUCCUCCCAAGAUUGUUGAGAAGAUGAUGGCGAUGCGAAGGAACAACUCGCACAUGAUUGCAGCGGAGCAGACAUGGCAGCGAAGCGACAGUUGCCCUGAAGGAAGCAUCCCAGUCCGAAGGACACCUGCUAAUGCAGGUGCCACUGUCGCUAACCAAACUCUCGCAUUCUUCUCCUCCUAUGGACGCCCUCCUCCUCCAACCAAUAUUACUACUAUCCAGGAUGAAGCUGGCAAGCAGAGCAACUAUAAUCUAGAAAUCGCAGCGGCAUAUGGAGUGAGCGGGCCGUAUCACGGUGCAUCGGCAUGGAUUCCAAUAUGGAAAACAGCAGUGGAGCCCUCUGAGUUCUCCAAGAGCUAUCUCCUCAUUGCCAGUCCUUCGGUCAGGGAUUUCGUGUCCAUCAGAGGCAAAGAUCCACCCAACACCGACAACCAAGUUGCUGUUCGAAUUGUUGUUUAUCCUAAAUAUUUUGGUGACGAUUUUCCUCCACUGUAAACUUGGCAAAGCUGACAAAAACUCAGGAAGAAUAAAUAGGAGGCUAAUCAAUGCUUUCAGAAACAGGCUGAACUAGCUAGAGCCCAGGGAACUAUACCUGUUUGGUAGGAGACAAGUGGCCUUAGUUUGUUUUUUUUGCAAAGCAUUUGUAACAAAUUAAGUACAAAUUAAAAGUAGGCUAUUUUCCCCUUUUAAUUAAGUGUUUAGGGUCUCUUUUUUCAAAAAAUAUCAAAAAGCUAUUGUUACUAAUAAAUUUUAUA